GCGCUGAGCGCGGCGCCCUGCAAGGGGAGUGGGCGGGCUGUGUUGGGCCACUGUGUGUCCGGCACGCGCAAAAGGACCUGCUCAGCUGCUGCUGCUGCUGCUGCUGCCGCCGCCGCCGCCGCCGCCUGGAUGCCAGAGGCUCUUCGGGAGCCGGCGGCCGAAGGUGCUCAGCGGCAGCUGGAGGAAGAAGGAAAACGAGGAGGAGCAGCAGCAGCAGGAGAAGAAGAGGCGGCGAAGGAGGAGGAGGAGGAGGAGGAGGGCGACGACCCCAGGCACGGAGCGGGGCCGCCGCAGCCCCCUCGCCCUGGCCAUGGCCUCCAACUUUAACGAUAUAGUCAAGCAAGGCUACGUGAAAAUCCGCAGCAGGAAGCUCGGGAUUUUCAGAAGAUGUUGGUUGGUUUUCAAGAAAGCUUCCAGUAAAGGACCUAGAAGGCUAGAAAAAUUUCCAGAUGAAAAGGCAGCAUAUUUCAGAAAUUUUCACAAGGUAACUGAGCUGCACAACAUCAAAAACAUAACCAGACUGCCUCGAGAGACAAAGAAGCAUGCAGUGGCAAUUAUCUUUCAUGAUGAGACGUCAAAGACAUUUGCCUGUGAGUCAGAGCUUGAGGCAGAAGAGUGGUGCAAACAUCUUUGUAUAGAAUGUUUAGGGACCCGGCUUAAUGAUAUCAGCCUUGGUGAGCCUGAUCUACUUGCUGCUGGAGUUCAGAGAGAGCAAAAUGAGCGAUUCAACGUAUACCUUAUGCCUACACCAAAUUUAGAUAUUUAUGGUGAAUGUACCAUGCAGAUCACACAUGAAAACAUCUAUCUCUGGGAUAUCCACAAUGCUAAGGUGAAGCUGGUCAUGUGGCCUCUCAGUUCUCUGAGGAGAUAUGGGCGCGACUCAACAUGGUUCACUUUUGAAUCUGGAAGGAUGUGUGACACGGGAGAAGGGCUGUUCACCUUUCAGACAAGGGAAGGCGAGAUGAUCUAUCAGAAGGUCCAUUCCGCAACACUGGCAAUAGCUGAGCAACAUGAAAGAUUGAUGAUGGAGAUGGAACAAAAAGCACGGCUUCAGACCAAUUUGACUGAACCAAUGACAUUACCCAAGUCAAUCUCACUCCCUCGUAGCGCAUACUGGCAUCACAUCACUCGGCAGAACAGCGUGGGAGAAAUCUACAGUUUACAAGGUCACAACCUCGGCUCAACAAAGGUGGCUCGUGCACAGACAUUUCCCAGCUACACCUCAGAGCAGGGUGAGGAGCACGAGCCACGCCUGUCACUGUCUAGCAGCUAUGGAUUCAGCUACAGCUCAGGCCUCAUCCAAUGACACAUACCUUGUGUCCGACCAGAUAGACAGUCUAGUGUGGAACCUGCCUGCAGUUCCUGGAAGCCACUUGUCCUUUCCUAUGUGUCCAGAGAAGACAAUCUGUAGUGAAAACUGAGGACAUAAGUCUCCAGGCUGGGUGACAGUGAAGGUGAAAGCUUGGAUCACUGCUUCCCCAAGGCAGAAUCUAAGUCUUUUAUUUAUUUAAAUUUUAUAUUUGUUUUUGUCCAUAUGUUGUGUUUUUUUUUUAAAAAAAAAAAAAG